AUACCGGGUAAAACCUUACACUUUCGACAUCCCCACAAUAAUAGCAUCUCAUUAUAAAGAACAAUCUAGACUCAUGCUGAGCGUUUCUCUUCAAAAUCGAUUACUUUUGAGUUGAAGUCUUCUUUUCGUGAAACAUAAAUACUUUUUGCUACAAUAAACUUUCUGAAGUUAACUUUUUUCUUGCUCUUAACCUCACGUGGUAUAAUGGAAACGUAAGAAAAAAAAUGCUUCUGUAUAUUAAGCACUUUUAACUAUUUUCUUUGAUGUUCACAUUACAGAAUUUUCAUUCGGAUCAUUUAAAGUUAUUCAAUUGACGCGUUGAACUUCCUAUAAAGAUUAACAGUUGAAUAUAUUUUAUUAUUAUCAUGACAUUAAACCCAAAGAAAAGUAGACAGGCCUAGACAGGCAGGCAGGCCAAAUAUGUGUAGGCCUGUCACAGGCAGGUCAGGUCUUGAAAAAGUGGACCUGCUUGGACCUCUGUUAUCUACUACAAGAAAUAUAUAAUUAUUUUACUUCAAGUAUUAAACGUCACUAUGUACUUCGACAAGAGCUGGAAUCUUCCGAAUUUGGUUUAUUGGGGAAAAGUCUUGCAGCCACACGAUAGGUAAGUGAUAGCUAGUUUUAUUUAAGUCUUAUAAUCAAGUCUUCUGUUGUAGACUGCAAAUAUUGAAUCGUUAUAUGCUGUGGAUGUUCUUGAUAUGAACAGAUUGUUGAAAGUUUAUUGAUAAUUAGUGAACAAGUAACUGAUAAAGAUGUUGUACAUCAAGCCAAAUCUCUAGAAGAGAAAUUAUUAUCAUUUGAAAUCAUGUUAUGGUUGUUUUUUAUGGUUAAUGUAACACGUGUAACUCAUGCACUAACUUCUCACUUACAAGAAAAGCGAGUUGAUAUUAUAGUUGCAAUUGAUAUAAUUUCAACUACUUUGAAACUUAUUCAGAAUAUGAGAAAUGAUGAUGCCACUAUGAUUAAUAUGAUUCAACAAACUGUUCAAAGUGCUGAGACUUUUGAUAUAGAUGUUGAUAUCGAAUUUCAGAGACCUCAUAAACCUCGGCAAAAGUCUCGACAUAUUAAUGACAAUCCACAUACUAGUGUUACAUUAACAAGGUAA